AAAUCCUGAUGCUUUGCUUUUAUCUGGGAAUCUUCCUGUUUAUAAGCAGAGAAUCUGCUCGUGCAAUCACUACUGCAGCACUGCUUCACUAUAGUAGCUUUAGAUAGAACUGCGUCACCAUGGCAACGUCUAUCACUCUCAAUACUGGAGCACGGAUGCCCCUUGUUGGGCUGGGCACAUGGAAGUCCACUCCAGGGCAGGUAGAAGAAGCUGUAAAAGCUGCGAUUCUGGCUGGUUAUCGUCACAUUGAUGGGGCGUAUGUUUAUGAGAAUGAGAAAGAGGUGGGAGCUGCUGUUCACGCCAUGAUUAACCAAAAAGUGGUGAAAAGAGAGGAUCUCUUCAUCGUCAGUAAGCUAUGGUGCACAUUUCAUGAGCGGCAUCUGGUUCGAGGAGCCUGUGAGAAGACCCUGAGUGACCUGAACCUGCCCUACCUGGAUCUCUACCUAGUUCACUUGCCUGUUGGCUUCCAGCCUGGAGACAACUUGUUUCCUUUUGACACUGAGGGACAAGCCAUUCCAGAUAAGAGCAACUUUCUGGAUACAUGGGAGGAAAUGGAGAAGCUGGUGGAUGCAGGACUGGUCAAGGCCAUCGGCAUCUCAAACUUCAACCACUUCCAGAUUGAAGCCAUCCUGAAUAAACCAGGCCUCAAAUACAAACCUGCCAUUAAUCAGGUUGAGUGUCAUCCUUACCUGACACAGGUGAGGCUGAUCAACUACUGUCACUCUAAGGGCAUCGCUGUGACGGCAUACAGUCCUCUGGGCUCUCCUGACAGACCAUGGGCAAAGCCAGGUGAUCCAUCCCUCCUGGACGACCCAAACAUCAAGGCCAUUGCUGAUAAACACAAGAAAUCACCUGCACAGGUUCUAAUCCGGUUCCAUAUCGAGAGGAACGUUGUGGUGAUUCCCAAAUCUGCCAACGCAAAGAGAAUCAAGGAAAACUUCCAGGUUUUUGACUUUAAGCUGAGUCCACAAGAAAUGCAAACCAUUCUGAGCUUCAACAGGAACUGGAGAACAUGUCCAUUUGAGUGGGCUACGAAACACAAAGACUACCCUCUGAACGCAGAAUACUGAGCUCCUGUCCUACAGACAUACGUGCAAUAUUAUAAUCUGUCCAGGCUGCUUCAACAGAAAUAAAUAUUAAGCUUUGAUAAACCACCAAUAAAUAAACUUUAAGCUUAA